AUGUCCUCUGCCCACCUGACGCGCCUCAGUAGAUGGCUUCUGUCUUCUCCCCCGGCAGAGUGGGCAGUUCAGCGGGUUAGGGAGCUGCUGAUCGGAGCAUUGCGACAAGGGCCUAUUCCAGGGCACGUUGCCUUUGUCAUGGACGGCAACCGACGUUAUGCUCGCACCCAUCAUAUUGAGACGGUCGAAGGCCAUCAUCUAGGUUUUGAAGCCCUCGCUCGUAUACUCGAAGUCUGUUACAAGUCAGGAGUCAAGGUUGUCACCAUUUACGCCUUUAGCAUCGAGAACUUUAAGCGCUCCAAGUAUGAAGUUGACGCUCUCAUGGACAUGGCCAAGUUCAAGCUGAACCAACUGGCCCAACAUGGCGAGCUGCUCCACCGCUACGGCGCUCGUAUUCAAGUCUUGGGACAGAGAGAACUCGUACGCCCUGACGUCCUGGAAUCAAUAGACGAUGCCGUUCGUCUGACCAGCAACAACACCAAGGCUGUCUUGAACGUCUGCUUCCCUUACACCUCGCGCCACGAGAUGACACAUGCCAUUCGGGAGACUGUCCGCGAAUACUCGACCCCUCUGCGUCCAGUCAGCAAACGCCCCUUCUCCGAGUCCCACAUCGCUCGCCAUUUGCGUACUACACAACUGAGCCAAGUGCAAGAAGAGACCUCGGCCGAUGAAGACAACACCGAAGAGACGGAUGACUCAAACAUCAGUGCUGCCUCCACCGACGACCAUCCCCCCUCUUCUCGCACAUCCAAUUCUGCCCACUCUCCUGCCUUCAAGCCUACAAAACCUCAGACCGUCUUCCCGGAUCCCGAGACUAUCACUGCAGACACCAUCAAUGCCCACACGUUUACACAUGAUGCGCCUCCUUGCGAUCUUCUGGUUCGGACCUCUGGCGUUCAAAGACUAAGCGAUUUCAUGAUGUGGCAAUGCCACGAGCAUACCAGCAUUGUUUUCUUAGAAUGUCUCUGGCCUGAGUUCGAUCUUUGGCAGUUUCUCCCGGUCUUGGUUGAGUGGCAGUGGAAACAGCGCAAGCUCAAUGACGCUCAGGCCUUUUCACGCACCUCACGACCUCUAAAAGCCUGUUAA